GGGGUGACUGUGUCCGGCCGACGUUUCUUUGGCCGUAGCCCCAGAAGCCCUAAGCCGGCUGGGCACCGUUCAGACGGUCCUAGCCCCAAAGCGCUUACCGUGUAAGAGGGGGUGGGUCGUGGCCCUGCUUUCGGGGCGCCCCAUGAAGAAUUGGGGGAAGGCUCUUCUCCAGCGGCAAGGGCCCGCCAGGGGAGUGGAGGGUGCCAGGAAGGACUCUGGGGAUGGGGCAGGCAGAAGGAUCAGCAGGGUGGCCUUAAAACUGGGGGCUUGCACUCUGUGGGAGCCCUGUGGUUUGGCUACGAUUCAGCGGUGGAUUUCUUCUCAUCCUUCCAGCAAAACCAGAAGGAAUGAGACAGCCCAGCUUUUCUCACGGCUUUUAUCUGUGAACUUCUUAUGAACAUCAUUGUAGUAUCUGUUGUUUAAUAGCUAAAAAGUGUCAUAGCACAGGUCCAGCUGCAGUAACGUUGUGAUCUGCUGUGUGACUACUGGGCCGAUACUCUGGCAGAGCCAAUGCUAGAUCUGGAAGUGGUUCCCGAGCGAUCUCUUGGGAAUGAACAAUGGGAAUUCACCUUGGGAAUGCCAUUGGCUCAAGCUGUAGCAAUUCUUCAGAAACACUGUCGUAUUAUCAAAAACGUCCAGGUUCUCUACAGUGAGCAGUCUCCUCUUAGCCAUGACCUCAUCCUUAACCUGACUCAGGACGGAAUCAAACUGCUGUUUGAUGCUUUCAAUCAGAGACUUAAGGUGAUUGAAGUUUAUGACUUGACUAAGGUGAAGUUAAAAUAUUGUGGUGUCCAUUUUAACUCUCAGGCAAUUGCUCCAACCAUAGAACAGAUUGAUCAGUCAUUUGGAGCAACACAUCCAGGAGUGUACAACUCAGCUGAACAACUCUUUCACCUCAACUUCAGAGGGCUGUCUUUUUCUUUUCAAUUGGACUCAUGGGCUGAAACUCCAAAGUACGAGCCUAACUUUGCUCAUGGCCUAGCUUCUCUGCAAAUUCCCCAUGGUGCAACUGUGAAACGAAUGUACAUCUACAAUGGAAACAGCCUGCAGGAUACCAAGGCUCCCCUCAUGCCCCUCAGCUGUUUCCUUGGUAACGUGUAUGCAGAGAACAUUGAUGUUCUGAGAGAUGGAACUGGACCCUCAGGUUUACGGCUCCGCUUACUCACUGCAGGCUGUGGCCCAGGUGUAUUAGCUGAUGCCAAGAUGCGGGUAUUUGAGCGCUGUGUGUACUUUGGUGAUUCAUGCCAAGAUGUUCUGAGCACUUUGGGGUCUCCGCACAAAGUCUUUUACAAGUCAGAAGACAAGAUGAAAAUUCAUUCACCCUCCCCCCAUAAGCAGGUUCCAUCAAAGUGCAAUGACUACUUUUUUAAUUACUUCACACUUGGAGUGGAUAUUCUUUUUGAUGCAAAUACUCAUAAGGUGAAGAAAUUUGUCUUGCAUACAAAUUAUCCUGGUCAUUACAACUUUAACAUAUACCAUCGCUGUGAAUUCAAGAUUCCACUAGCCGUUAAGCGAGAUAGUGCGGAUUCACAGACUGAAACAUGCACGACGUACAGCAAGUGGGAUAGUAUUCAGGAUCUUCUGGGACAUCCUGUGGAAAAGCCAGUGGUACUUCAUAGGUCAUCCUCUCCAAACAAUACUAACCCAUUUGGAUCAACGUUUUGUUUUGGACUGCAGCGAAUGAUCUUUGAGGUGAUGCAGAAUAAUCACAUAGCAUCUGUUACUUUGUAUGGCCCAGCAAGGCCCAGCAGCCAGCUGAGAACGUCGGACCUUCCUCAAUGAAGCAUCACCUUCAAAAUCAGCUAAUCUAAAUGCUACAAAACUAGUACAGCGUGCCUUGAUUUACUGCCACUUAUAUGGAAAGCAUGGUAUGAUUUUUUUUCAAAAUAAAAUUCCUCCCUUCCAUGCGUGGUGCGGAGGGGAAAUUCUCUCAACCCUUCAUCAUAAGGCAUGGAACUAGUGAUGGAGGAAAGCAGCUAGAUGCCUGUGUUGUCAUUUUACUCCUCUCGGUUGGCCGUCUCCUGCGCAGCACAGACCUGAAGAGACUGUCUAUCCUUCCUGAGCUGGCAGAAGGAACAUUAAUGACUGCAAGAGUUAGAAGCACAAACUUUCUGAGCCUUGGAGCAUCUGGAAACAGGUAUUGAUAUUAGUCUGUGUUUGUGUUACUGUAUUGAUGUGGUGGUCCUAUUUUAAGAAACCAAGUGUGUGUGUGUGUGUGUGUGUGUAUAUAUAUACACACACA